UCCCCCUAGCGGAAGUGUCCGCGCGCACAUCGGUGCCGCGCCGCGCCGCGCCGCUCGGUAGCGAAAGUUAAGUCUCCGCCUGGAAGGCGCCGCGCACCGAGGCUCUUCUCGCGCCCGCGGUUUGUGUCUUCGUUCCGUGGUGGGGGGCCGUUGAAAUGCGGCGGAAAGAGAAGAGGUUACUGCAGGUGGCCGGCGUGCUGCUGGCGGCGCUGCUCUUCCUGCCCAACGUCGGGCUCUGGUCCCUAUACCGAGAGCGUGUGCUGGAGAACGCGCCCGACGCCGCGGAGGGGCCCGGGGGGGUCGCGCAGAUACAGGGUUUGAAUCCAAGGCCUCGCAAGGACACCCAGGUGGGACAGGACGGUGUGCGCAGGAAGGACUGGCACGACUAUGAGGCGAUCAGAAGGGAUGCAGCGCGCUCAGGUAACGGGGAGCAGGGGAAAGCCUUCCCGCUCACCGAUGCCGACCGCGUUGACCAGGCUUACCGAGAAAAUGGUUUCAACAUCUAUGUGAGCGACCGGAUCUCACUCAACCGCUCCUUGCCUGACAUCCGGCACCCAAACUGCAAGCAGAAGCUGUAUGCAGAGAAGCUGCCCAACACCAGCAUCAUCAUCCCUUUCCACAACGAGGGUUGGUCGUCGCUGCUGCGCACCGUGCACAGCGUGCUUAAUCGCUCGCCGCCGGAGCUCAUUGCUGAGAUCAUCCUGGUGGACGACUUUAGCGACAAAGAACACCUGAAGGUCUCGCUCGAGGAGUACAUGGUUCGCAUGCCCAAGGUCCGCAUCCUGCGCACCAAGAAGAGGGAGGGGCUCAUCAGGACCAGGCUUCUGGGAGCUUCAGCUGCCAAGGGGGAGGUUAUCACUUUCCUGGACUCUCACUGCGAGGCCAACGUCAACUGGCUGCCGCCACUUCUGGACCGCAUUGCUCAGAACCGGAAGACAAUCGUCUGUCCGAUGAUCGACGUGAUCGACCAUGACAAUUUUGGGUACGAGACGCAGGCCGGGGAUGCCAUGCGGGGGGCCUUCGACUGGGAGAUGUACUACAAGCGUAUCCCCAUCCCGCCCGAGCUGCAGAAGGAGGACCCCAGUGAGCCUUUCGAAUCUCCGGUGAUGGCCGGGGGGCUCUUCGCCGUCGACAGGAAGUGGUUCUGGGAGCUCGGGGGAUACGACACGGGACUCGAGAUUUGGGGAGGAGAGCAGUACGAGAUCUCGUUCAAGGUGUGGAUGUGCGGCGGGCGAAUGGAGGACAUCCCCUGCUCCAGGGUGGGCCACAUCUACAGAAAGUAUGUCCCAUACAAAGUGCCCAGUGGAGUCAGCCUGGCCAAGAACCUGAAGCGGGUGGCGGAGGUGUGGAUGGACGAGUACGCGGAGUACAUCUACCAGCGGCGCCCUGAAUACCGCCACCUGUCAGCCGGCGACAUGACCAUCCAGAAGGAGCUCCGCAACACCCUCAACUGCAAGAGCUUCAAGUGGUUCAUGACGGAGGUGGCGUGGGACCUGCCCAAGCACUACCCCCCGGUGGAGCCCCCCGCAGCGGCCUGGGGAGAGCUGCGCAACGCGGGAAGCGGCUUGUGCGUCGAGAGCAAGCACUUCACCUCGGGGUCACCCAUCCGGCUGGAGAGAUGCACGAAGGGCAGGGGUGAGAUGGGGUGGAGCCACGGACAGGUGUUCACCUUUGGUUGGAGGGAGGACGUACGGGUAGGUGACCCCAUGCACACCAAGAAGGUCUGCUUUGAUGCCAUCUCCCACAAUAGCCCUGUGACCCUGUAUGAUUGCCAUGGGAUGAAGGGCAACCAGCUGUGGAGGUACAGAGAGGAUAAAAGCUUGUACCACCCCGUGAGCAACAGCUGCAUGGACAGCAGCACUUUGGACAAGAGGGUCUUCAUGAACACGUGUGACUCCAACUCGCCGAGUCAGAGAUGGAUAUUUGAGAGGACAAACGCCACGGUCCUGGAGCAGUUCAACCGUGGCAACAACUGACCCGACGCGCAGUCCAGAGGACGGAACUGACGCAGGAUGUGCUUUGGAGUCGACGGUGGCACGGUACAGAUGCCGGACUGUGGGAAGUGCACUCUGGCGUUGAUACGAUGCUGCUGGAGUGGCGAGGAGGGGCAGCGGUCAGGACUUCCUGGCAGAUGCGGUGAAUCUCAUCUCCAGGCAUCUCACAGGCUUCUCCUCCGCUGGGUCCUGUAUCCGUUACAGUCGUCAUCGACCUGCCAUCCACCUGCCCCCCACUGACCCCCCAGGCCCCUGAGCUUACCUCCUAGUCCUGCCUGCUCCGUUCUGCCACAUCAGGGCACCAGGCUCUUCACCCCAGCUGCUGUCUCCAGAAGCGAGCAGUUUUACACCCUGUAGUGGUUCUCAUCUUCUGAUGUUGCGGGCGGUAGUGGUUGUAGGAAAAAAAAAAUUAAAAGUUAAUAGAUGUGAUUUUUUUUUUUUUUCUUUCUUUCCUGUUUAGCUGUUUCUGUUAGAUCUUGACUCUCAAUGAGUGUAAAUAAUAACAUAAAAGAGCAGCUGUGGUCCUUUGUAAGGGCCUACAUGGCAUUAAUGCAUUUUAUGCACAGUUUUUUUUUUUUUUUUUUUUUUUUUUUCUCCCCCCCCCACCCAAAGGCUGUGUCAACAGGGAAAGGAACAUAAAGGGAACGUGAAGGGAAACGGACUAACAUGUGGCGUUAUUGUUGGAACCUCCUGCAGCUGAAUUUGCCGUUUGCUGGGACGCAUACGGACCGGGACGGCUUGAACCGGUCCCCUGGAAAGGGGCCGCGAUAUUUAGUCGCCCGCCGGGAAGCGGCGCUUGCAUCUGGGUUCCACGGCGAACCGCGGUGAGGAGAGCUUUGACGCCAGUCCAGCAAGCCAGUCACUGCAGGGCAGAAGGGCUGAGCCACCUGCGACGCAAAAGCACUCAUGACGCUAAACUUGAACAAAAAUAUUAGUGCCUUGUUUGGAUGAGAGCAAAAACAGGAUUAGUGUGAUCCAGUCGUCUGUCUCAACACUCCGUUGCUCGACUGUCUCGGUCAUGGUAUCUGUGCUCCCCGGUUUUAUUUUUUUUUUAAAGGAUGCUAACCUUUUCUCGUGAACGUAGCGUGGUUUUUAUUGAUUGGUUCGAUUUGUAGAUAUUUGUGCUGCUGUCGCAUAGAAAUAUUGUGUCAGACAAUGAAGCAGCUCCGCUUGACAUUGUGCGACCCCAUCAGGACAGAACCGAGUCCACCUGGACCAGGUGACUUCCUGAGGCUCCAGGAACUUCCUGUUCUGUAACGAGAUGCAGCGUCCCGCCGCAAAGACCCUGUUGUUUUAAAAUACCAACGGUGACCUUCGUGAUCAGUGUCAUUUUUACAUCUCUUCGUCUUUACGUUUUUGGAGCUGACACAAGCAACCGUCACCAGGUUUAUCGCAGAGGUUAUUUAUUUUAUUAAUCUUAAUAUAAUAAGUUUAAUCAAGAUGUUUGCAAAUAUUAUCGCAUCAUGUCAGUAUCUGCAGUACUGGAUGUGAUGGUUUUUAGUGGGACAGCAGAUAUUGUCAGUAUACUUUUAAUGAGAAAUGUGCAUUUGUUUAGAUCAAAAUUAAUCUGUGAUCAUUUUGAUCUGCUCUAAUUUGACCUUUAAUUCAUGCUCUUUUCUACAGUUUAUCAUUCCAUCAUUGAAAUUACUCUUAGGGAAAUAAAUACCGGGAGAGAGUGAUGACUGAUUUGAACAACAAUUUUUAUGAAAAUGGGCUCUCUUCCAGAUGUUUAAAGGAAAAACGUCCAAGGACAUUUAUAUAAAGGUGUCAAGAUACCGAUUAACUUUACUGUUGUCCCUAACCCUAAGUAAAGUGAAUUUUUUUUUUAAUAUAUCUUAACAGCCACGAUUUUAUUUAGUUUAAAACCCAUAUUUUCUGUGGUUAUUUAUUGAUGUAUACCUUCGGUAGAAAUUAUUUCCUAAUAAAAGCAUUAAGAACAACUUUGUGUUAAGAGUUGAGGUUGGGGGGUGUAGUACGUGUUGCACUUUAAAUUGGCAUUAUGUACUUUGGCCUUUGAGCUCCAGGUUCAAGUCCCACAAAGACCAAAUAUCGCUGCACCCUUGAAGAAGGUACUUAACUUGCAUCGUUUCAGUAUAAAGGCACCUGUUUAAAUGAGUAAAGUUAAAAUAUUAAUGUCUACAGGGAAUUAAAAUGACUAGGAAUCACAUGGGAUGCUCAGACUUUGACGAUUUUUACUUUUAUUCCCCAAUCUUUCUUUUUCAUUAAUGUCAUACGAGACUACUAAUACUGAAAUGGAAAGAAGUAGAAAUAAUCCAGCACAUUGUCCAGCACUGUAAAGCCAAACUCUUUUUAAAGUUGUAUUAAUAUGAUUGAAAACCAACUUUCCAGAGCACACUGUGUGGUGAUAGUGUUGUUUUAUCAGUUAAGUCCUGUCUUUGGUCAUAUAGUGCAAUUCUUAUUUUUUUUGUAAAUUUUUUUAAAUUUUUUUUUUUUUUUUUUUUUUUAAGUGUUGUGUCUGUUUCUGAUUUUAUCUUACUAAAUGAUAUAGCACUAACAAUCAUGAUUUACAGGAAUACUUGAAGGCUGUCUGAGUCGAGUGUUCCCGGAGCGUACCGGCAUAACGUAAAUGUCGCGGUAUGAAUGUGCCCCACAAUAUGGAGUGUGAGAUCCUCAGAUUUAUACCAGUCUUAUGAUGUUUGUGUUAAUAUUUACAGUAUACUUGAGAAUUAUCCCCUGCAAGUGUGCACAUUUUAAAGGUGAAUUGGGUCGAACUUUAAUUACUUUUUUUAUUGUAAUUUGUUACUUUGUUCACCUGUAGAUUGGGGAAGUGUAUAUGAAUUUAACAAAUCACUUUGAUUAUAAUUUACUGUACAUUUAACUAAGAUGAAUGGAAAGAUAACCUUGACGUGGUCAUUUGAUUGUGUUCAUUUUGAAGAGGGCUUUGGACUCUGUUUUAUCUGGAACAUGCUCUUUAGCUCAUGCUGAAUAAUGUUCAGCUAAAACUGUUUCCUUCUUGAUGCUGUUUUUAUUUAGGAUCAUUCUUGGUAAUUCGCACUAAAAUCUAUACACAUGAUGUUUAGCAAGUCAAAGUGAACAUUUUUUAUUGUGCAUUUUUUUCU